GCGGGGCGAUCCCGGCCCGUUUCUCCUCCCCGGGGUUUGCCGCCCGCUGCGGUCACCUCCGGGGUAGCGGGACAUGAACUCGGCAGCCGGGGCAGGAGCGUGGGGCCCCGGCCCGGGUCCGAGCAGAGGCCGUGGCCUAGCGCUGCUCGGGGGUCACUGGAGCGGGUCACAGAGCGACCCCUCGGACAGCUACACACCGACCCACCGCCGGCUGUCGUGCCAGGCCAGCGGGGGAGGCCAGGGCUCUUCCUGGGCCCCCAGGGCGUCUCUCCCGGGCCGGCAGUGCCCGGCAUCCCACAUGGGCACCACCAGGCGGGUUGUGCCCACUGGAGUUGGAAGGUUCUGGAACUGGACUUGGAGCAACAGGGUGUGAUGCCUUUACAACCCUUUGCCGUCCCGGAACAAACUGAGAGAGAAACUCAGCUGGGCACAGCAGCGAUUUCCGUGGCUGUAAUGACUUCAAUCCAAGCCCUGGAGAGGAAGGUGGAGGCUCACACCACACGGUGGCUGAACCUGGAGGGGAGAACGGGGACGACUGAGAAGAAACUAAUAGACUGUGAGAGGACAGUGGUGGAGUUUGGGAACCAGCUGGAGAGUAAGUGGGCCGUGCUGGAGACUCUGAUUCAGGAGAAUAAUCUGCUGCAGAGGAGGCUGGAGAACGUGGAGAACUUGCUGAGAAACAGGAACUUCUGGAUCCUGAGACUCCCCCCAGGCACUAAAGGGCUGGUCCCCCAGGUGCCGGUGACAUUCGAUGACGUCUCAGUGUAUUUCAAUGAGCAGGAGUGGGGGAGCUUAGAGGAAUGGCAGAAGGAGCUUUACAAGAACGUGAUGAAGGGGAAUUAUGAGACUUUGAUCUCGCUAGAUUAUGCCAUUUCCAAGCCUGACAUCUUAGCCCGUAUUGAACAAGGGGAAGAACCAUGUAUCCAGGAUCAGCAGGACUCAGAGACAGUAGAAAUCCCUGUGGAGCCUUGCACAGGGCCGGAAUCCCCCAGGUUGACAAGUGAUGCUCUGUCAAAGAUCAAACAAGAGGAGGAGCCCUGUGUGCAGGAUCAAGGUGCCUUGGAGGAAAGUAAAAUCCCAACAGACCCACCACACUGCAGCCCAGUGGUAACCAGCACUUGUCAUAUCUUCAUGGCAGAUGUUCCUCAUGGCUUCCUACCAAUCCUAACCAACUGCAGGCAGUUAAUCCCUCCCAUCGCCCAUCCUUCCUCUGAGUGUUCGGAGGAGUCAGUGAAGCAGAGCUGGUCUCCUCCUCUUCCCUCUGACGAAGCCUAUGAUGAGGGGAUUGUGAUCAAAACCGAGGUGCAGCAAGUGGAGGAUGCGCCAGGGACGUCGCUGGAGAGAGCAAAAGAGGAAGCUGUCCUGGGAUCCUGGAAGCGUGUCCAGGACCCUGGGGAGGAACUUUCUGAAAACCUGAAGGUGCCGGGGACGAUGUUGAGAGGAUUUGAAGAGGAGGAUUUCCAGGAUCCUGGGGAGGUAACAGUCCAGGAGGUUGCAUGCAGCUCAGUAACACAGCAGAGAAGCCACGCAGAGAGCAGGACAGUGACCUCCGCUCACCGAGGUGGGGCCCUGAUCCACCACCAGAGAAAGAGCACUCGGGAGAGACUGUUUGUGUGCACAGUGUGCGGGAAGAGCUUCAGGCUGAAGAUAAAUCUCAUCAUCCACCAGAAGGGCCACGCAAAUGAGCUGCUGUACGAGUGCACACACUGUGGGGAAAGUUUCAGAGCCAAGCAGAAAUUUCUGCUGCAUCUGCGACACCAGACAGCUGCAGGGGCCUGCACACUCUCUGCUCCUCAGGAACGUUCAAGCCAGAUGGCUCCCCCUGAGUCCCAGCCCCGAAGCCAGACAGAAGAUGGUUCCAGUGGUAUCACCAAACGGCUCAAGAGGCUGGGUCACAAAUCGAGUCUGAGCAAAUACCAGCCACCUCGUGUGCAAAGGACGUACACGUGCAGGGAAUGCAUGGAGCACUUCUCUAAGAGGAGGUGUCUCGUUGUGCACAAAAGGAUGCACGCCGACCACAGCAAGGGGUCGCUCAUACUGUGUCCAUACUGCAGCAAGAGCUUCACCCGUCCCUCUGAUCUCAUCCGGCACCAGAGGAUCCACACCGGGGAGCGGCCCUACCAGUGUGCCCAGUGUCACAAAACCUUCAACCGGCACCACCACCUCGUGGACCACCAGAAAAUCCACACAGAGAGAGAGAGGCCCUAUCAAUGCAGUGAGUGUGGGAAGGCCUACAUCCGCAGGCAGCACCUCCUCAAGCACAAACACAGUCACAGGAAGAAGAAAUCAUAACAGGCGAGAGAGCUGGUCUGCAGAAAAACUGAGGGGUCAGCGGGGCAAUCUGCAGGAGGGAGACACUGAAUGGCUCAACGGCUUCCAGUCAGAAUAGCUGCCUCUGGCCUGCCCGCAUUCACAGCCAGCCAAGCUGGGGGGCUGUGCAGGUGUAGCCAAGGGGAGGAUUGGUCUUUGAUUUUUAAUGAGCUAUGGCCAAUUCACCUGGGAGACUAGGGUGUCUGUUGAUUUCACCUUAUCCUGCUAAGGCAAUUAAGGCCAAGCCAUGGUGCAUCAGUGCCGAUGGCAAACCCAGGCGUGACAAUCCAGGCAGAUUUGUUCCUGGAUAAGAGGUUACAAUAAAGCGACUGCACUGCAGCAGGAUGUCACGUUCGCAGGAACAUGAACUGGCAGCAAAUGAAUAUUGAAGUGAAAAGUUCUGGUUUUAAUGGGACAAUACAAAUGGAUGGAGCGUGGCGAUGGGCAGCUCACGGCAGCGGAUAAGUGACUCCUGUGUUCAGUGUUUAAUACGUGUCAGUAUUUAAACAGAUUCCAAAGCCGGGCGGGCACAUUGGGGUCACCUGGUCUGACUGCCUGUAUAACGCACAUCACGUGACUUCGGCUGAAAUAGAGCAACUCUUUUUUACAAAAAAUACCCCUGUCUUGAUAUAAAAUUGUUAAUCGCCUGGGAUCCUGGGGCUCCACCUUGGGGGGCAGGGCUGGGCUGAGAGGGGAGGGCACUGCUCUCACUGUGUUGCUCACACGCUGGGAAGCCAGGUGCUAGUUUGCCAGUGCAGGGUCCUGAACCAUGUGUGCUGCCAGGGCUGUGUGUGGUAAAAGCCUCCAGCAGCCCACGAUGGGGGUGCGGGUGUCUGUGCUUGAUCCUGCACUCUCUGUCCACUCCAGAAGCCCACUGAACCCAGGGAGCAUGGAGCCCUGCGGCAUGUUCCCCUGCUCCGCCUGACCUCCCUGUGGCCCUGUGCAGUGAGAGUGUGGAGAACCCUCCCCUCUACCUCUGCAGGGCUGUGAAAGGAGACGAGGUGGGGGCUGCAGAUGAGGGCUGGAGCCAGCUUGAGAUGCUAGUGGGCGUG